GCCGUGUAACUUUGCUUUGCCUUGUGGCUUUCAAAAAAUCUUCCUGUUUUUCUUUCAAAAAAAAGAAAAAGAUAAACCUCAUUCCUCCGAGAAACACAGAUCCUCUCUCUUCAGCUCCGAUUCCUUCUUCUUUCUCUCUCGUUUAAUCUCAUUCCUUAAAAAAAAACCAAACCCUCUGCAUAUUAGCUUCUGAAAUGUUCUCUUCUAAUUCUUAGCUUCUGAUUUUUAUUCCCUUAGCCAUCCGUGAUAUGAGAAAAGCAAAAAACAAACCCUAACCAUCUACAAAAUCCAAUAAACCUAAUCCCUAUUCCCUAGUCCCUAACAGAUCUAUUAGAGGUCGUCGUCUUCAACUAAUCAAGAGUCAGUUCCUAUAGUUUCAAAGAACCAACAGUAAAGGUUCGCUUCUUCACCAAAAUUUUCAAUUAGGGUUUCCAAUUUUCUGUAAUUUCGAGCUUUUUGAACUCACAGAUAUGAGGAUGAAACAACUGAGGAUAGUAUGGAAGGAGAAUAAGAGGAGGUUGAACAUAACAGUGAAGAUGUUGCUGCUGAGGAUGUGAUUGUAGAAGGUGAGGAGGAAUUAAGAAAAAAGCAACCCAAUUUCCCUUUACUUGAAUUUUAGUGUUUAUUUAAUCAAAUGAACUCGUUCUGUUAAGAUUUUGAUGGAAAGCUAUGAAAUAAAUGAACCCAUUUUUGUUUGGAAUUCAGCUGUGGAUUAUUCAAAGCAAGAAGAGAUUGUGAGUGAAUUACCAGCUGGAAUGAACUUUGACCUUCACUGGUAUCCUAAGAUCCCAGGAUUGGUAUCAGCUUCUUCUUUUGAAGGAAAUGUUGGCUUCUACAACAUUGAGGGACAUAAAAGAUUAAAUGCAGGGGAGGCCUUCGUAGACUCAGGUAUUUGGGCUCAAUUCAAAAAGCAGUACUCUGUGAUAUUUUAGCAGCAGCUGAUCUACGUAUGAUUUGCUGAGGAAAUUGGUUAAGCAAGCGGAGUAUCGUGAUACAUCUGGUGAUAUUUUAGUCUUUCUUUCCCUGUUUUUCAAUGCCUCUGUCAGUUGACACAAACUAGGUUACCCCAUCCAUUUAUGAACAUCAACAUAGAUCGAAUAUUGUAUGUCAUUCACAAAAUUUUGGGUUCAGUAAGUUUACUUGUGUAAAUUUGUGUCAAUUGAAGAAAAUCCUUUCUUUUAUAAUAUUAACUAGUGGUGAUUCUCUACAAUAUUCUCAACAAUACAGUUUUGUAGCUCC